AUGGAGCUGGCAAUUCCCCAGGCUGUGCCCCAAGAACCAGGAAAACUGCAGGCCUCCGGGGGCCCUACACUAGGGCUGUGGUUCCUGCUAGCAGAAGCAGUGUUUGUGACGGAGAUGGUAAGCGUGCCCCUCAUUCUGCUUAGCUGGUGUGUUCUUGGUGAUGGUGUCCAGGUGGACCUGAUGUUGCUCAGGUGGAGGUUGCUGGUGUUACUGGUGGGGCACUACUGGGUGUUGACUAAAAGGGCACUGGAAGAUGAUGAUGCCAUUUGUGAUGACAGUAGUGAUGGCAGCCAGGUUGAUUAUGAUGGCAGGCAUGUGGCCAUUGUCUCAGAAGAUGGAUUUUACCACAGCUCCAACUCCAUGUACAAAACCCCAAACAGCCCUCCACCAGAUGAACAGUCUCCCUUGCUGGAAGGACAGCCACGAAGCCAUUAUGGCUCUCCCAAGCCUCAUGAUCGCUACCAUGGGGCCUAUAUUAUCUUCUUUAGUAUGGGAAUCGGUUCUCUACUUCCCUGGAACUUCUUUGUCACUGCAAAGGAGUACUGGAUGUAUAAACUGCAGAACUGCUCUGCCCAGGGAAAUUCAGACAUUCAGAACUACUUUGAGAGUUAUAUUUCCAUUGCCUCAACGGUGCCCUCUGUCCUAUGCCUCAUAGGGAACUUCCUGUUAGUCAACAGGGUGUCAGUCCGCGUCCGUGUCUUGACCUCCUUGGUCAUUCUGUUGGCAGUGUUCGUGGUCAUAACAGUAUUGGUGAAAGUGGACACCUCCUCGUGGACGUUUUCCUUCUUUGUCGUCACCAUCAUCUGCAUGGUGGUCCUCAGUGGCACUGCCACCAUCUUCAGCAGCAGCAUCUUUGGCCUUACGGCCUCCUUCCCCAUGAGGAACUCCCAGGCUUUGUUAUCAGGUGGGGCGAUGGGGGGAACCAUCAGUGCUGUGGCCUCUUUGGUGGAUCUGGCAAUAUCCGAUGAUGUGACGGACUGUGCCCUGGCUUUCUUUCUGACAGCAGACAUCUUCAUUGUGAUCUGCAUUGUGCUGUAUCUGAUGCUUCCCAAGCUUGAGUACGCCAGGUAUUACAUGAAACCAGUUAAACCAAGCCACGUGUAUUCAAGUGGCUCCUUUGGUGAAGAAGAGCAGCCUUCAGGCCUCCUUAAAACUCCAUCACAGGCCAGCAGGACAAUGGAUCCAAGCACACCACCUAUUCGCUUCAUCCUGAAGAAGACAGCUACCCUGGGCUUCUGCGUUAUCUAUGUCUUCUUCAUCUCCAUCAUCAUUUUCCCUUCCCUCUCCUCCAACAUUGAAUCAGUCAACAAGAGCUCUGGAUCUCUGUGGACCAACAAAUUCUUUGUCCCUCUCACCAGCUUCUUCCUGUACAAUAUUGCUGACUUGUGUGGCCGGCAGAUCCCUGCCUGGAUUCAGAUCCCAGGACCCAAAAGCAAAAUUCUUCCCGGUCUCGUUCUUCUCAGGACGUUCUUUGUUCCUCUUUUCAUCUUCUGUAACUAUCAGCCUCGACUCCACCUGGAUAAGGUAUUCUUUAAUUCUGAUAUAUACCCAUCCAUCUUCAUCUCACUCUUGGGAUUCAGCAAUGGCUACCUCAGCACCUUGGCACUGAUGUAUGGCCCCAAGAUCAUGCCCAAGGAGCUGGCUGAAGCUACUGGAGUACUGAUGUCAUUUUACCUGUGUCUGGGCUUAGCCUUAGGUUCAGCCUGCUCUGCCUUUGUGGUCCAUCUCAUCUAG